CCUUUGACAACUUCCUGACACACCAGCCCAGCACUGGUUUACAGCCCUCAAACACACCUACACAUGCACACACAGAGAGACGAGAAACCUGCUGAUACGAACGCUUUCAGUUCAAGAGGCACAGCUGUACGCAGAGCACGGCCAAGGUAAUCCUUUUUCUUGUUUGAGUUUGUGUUUCAUGAAGACGUAACAUCAACUCAUUUUAGAGCAGCAUCUAUUCGACUGUAACCAAUUGUUUGAAAUGUGGGCAAGUAACAUCGGCGGCAAAAGUUUCUGUCGUUAGCCAGUCACAAAAAGUCAAAAAGUGACGACCUCUCUUGGUAUCCAAAAGAUGAACUCAUUGAGGGGUCGAUAAGAUCUAUAGAUCGUCACGAUGAGUACAGAUUGUGACCCACAUGAGUCUGGAAAAAUCAUUGAUGGUAGAUUUAAUCUUUAACUAGAACUCUGAACUGAAUUGCGAAGAUUGUGGUAAUCCCUCAAAGUGUUUGGAGUUCCCAAUGAGUUCCGGGAGCCGAGACUUUCCUCAAGGGUCUGGAUGUCUAAGUUUCCACAGGAAUCUAAGGGUACAUAGUCCAGAAAAAGGUCCAAGUGGUUUCAAAAGUAGUUCUUAGAAGAUUCUGCAGAUUUCUGAUAAUCCAGGCCUUUCUAAGAGGGUCCUGAGGCAACCGGAGAUUUUCCAAAGAGGUCUGGGUGGGCAUGGGUUCUAAAGGGAGUCUAAGAAUCUAGAGUUUCCAAAGAGGUUUAAGGGUCCAGAGAUCAGAGACGGAGGUUUUCAAAGGUUUUUGAGUGCCUGGAGUUUCCAAAAGGCUGUGAAUGUCCAGAGUUUCCAAAGAGUUCUGACCAUCUAGACAGGGAUGGGAAUUGACAAGAUUUUAUCGCUAACAAUGCCUUCGAUGACAAACUCUUCGUAGAAUUAAGCCACGCUUUAGAUCGUUUCCAUGCCAUGCUUUUUUCUUUGUCUCUGUUCUCGUUCAUGCCAACUGGCACUCGUGAAACUGCUUUUCAAGGCACCCGGAAGAAAUGACAAGAAUGUGAAUGAUGUCGAUUGAACCAUUGGGAACCGGUUCUUGUUGCCCAUCCCUAUGUCCUGAACUUCCAAAGGGGGUCUGAGUUUCCAAAACUAUCUAAGUGCCCAGGGUUUCCACAGGGAUCUGAGUCUUCCUAGUUUCUGAGGAGGACUUAAGACCUUGCUCUUCCACAAGGGUCUGGUUAUCCAGAGUUUCGUUUGACGUCUGAAUCCCCAGAGUUUCCAAAGGGCCUGGAGUAUACAGAGUUCCUGAAGACUCUGAGUCCGUAGUGUCCACAGAGGUGUGAUCACCCAGGGCUUUAAAAGAGGGGCCUUAGGUGUCCGAUUGUUUCCCAUAGGCGUCAAAGGGGGUCAAAGUUUGAGUUUCUCAGGAGGUUCAAGUUUCUAGAGUUUCCAAAAGGGUUUGAGUACCUUGAGAAAGGUAAAGAAAAACUAGGAUCUACUGAAAACUCAAAAAGUUUUAAAAGUGAAAUUGUGCUGAUGAAGGGAAAAAAGUUUUUGUCAUAAUCAGGUGACGUCAAAAAUAUUCAAAAGACAUGAAAAACUCUUAACUCUUUAUUAAACAGAACAAAAACAUGUUUUUUGUUUUUUCUAGAGGGUGCAGACGAAGAAAAGCCUCUGCAGUAUUUCUGCAGCCGUCUACUGGAAACAAAGCGUCUGUGAGGAAAUCUGAAAUGAUAUAUGAACACAUAGACAAGUACGCACAGACGUUCCCACUCCCACUCCUCCAGUGGUUUCACUUCCUCCCACACCUUUGUGGUUUUUGCUUUAUUGCUUUGCAGUCAAAAGUCUGUUGGAACCAUCUUCUCUGCUGUAACAGAAAAGCUGAUAUUUUGUCCCGAAGCUCAAAGACAUGCUGUUGUGACUGUCCGGGUCAGAUUCUGGAUCAUAUCUGCUGUGUACCGGUGCUGAUUCUUCUGGUGGGCUCGCCAGUUUGUUUUGGUGUUUUUCCACCUCUGCAUCAAUCUGAAACUGAAUUCAAAAGACAACUAGGACAUGUUGCAGACAGCUGAAAGUGCCUUCAUAUGUGACCCUUAAAGAUCAGCUUGAAUAGAAAAUGUGAUUGACCUCAUCUGUGGGUUAAAGAUAUGAGGUUCAGAAAAAUCACUGUUCCCGUGUCAUGUCCGGUGAAAACUAAAAGAUUUCAUAUUUGAAGGUCAGAGGAAAUCCUGUCAGCUCAGACCUGUUUUGGAGCCUUAAACUGAUGAUAAUAACAUUAUAAUAAUGUUGAAUAUUAUUAUAAAAACUGUACACAUACUCAGUGUGUCUGCGAUUAACCCCUACAGCCCCUCUACACCAUGUUUUCGUCCUUUCCCUGACAGUUAUUCACACAGGAAAUGACUGCAUUCAUGGUGUUACUCACCCACCUGUUAACCAGAAAAAUAUCCAAAUUGAGGCCCCGGUUACCACGGUUACCACGGUGACAAUGAACCCCGCCAUGCCAGGAAGCUGUUGUGUUCGCUGUCAUGCUGCUGAUUUGACUGAUUUGCAUCCUUUGUCACUCUUCUGUUGUUUCGUUUUUCAUUUGAUUCGCUCUCUCCUCGGAGCUGGAAGGAGUCUCUCUGUUUUUGUUUUACUUUAUUUAUUCUUAAAUUUAACUUUCUGCCGUCUUGAUGCGUCAUAGAUGGAGUUUGCCUGCAGUCAUGUUGUUUGUAAUUGGAGGCCUGACGGAGCAGGUAAGUGCGAUUAUGUAUAUUUUUUAAGUGUGGGAUUUGUAAACGCAUGUUUGUUGAAUUUUUACACGUACGGUAUAAAUCACAGAAAAUGAAAAUCUACACAAACAAAAAAGCAGACAAAUAUGGGAUUAAGCCAGUUUUGAAUAAUACCCUUUAUUGAAAAGCUCUUUGCGGUUCAUUCAACUUGGAAAUCCCACUUUGGAUGACUCAUUCAGCUUAGCAGCUGUUUCUCGGUUUUCUUUCCUUUAUGUUGGAUAUUUAACGCUUGUAUUUUAACAAACUUUGUACACCGCAAAAAAAACUCAAAUCUUAAGAAGUGGUUUUGUCUUACGCCUGACAAGUCCAGAAAAAUGUUUUAUCUUAAUAUUCUACAUACCAAAAAUAAGAGCUGAUUUAUUUUGUAAGAAGUACAAAAAAUAGAUAAUAAAAUUUUGAAAAAGUGAUGAAAACUUUCAGAAAAGUUUCAAGUGUCAUAAAGUGAGAAAAUGACAUUUAUGUGACAAAGUAGUGUUCGCCCCCUAUGUGUUAUUGUGUUUUUCUGUUCCUGUAUCUGUUUUUUUUUUAUUAAAAAAAUAUAGUUUAAAUUAAUAAAUCAAAAUGACAAGUUUUCUUCUUAUUCCUUUCUUAUUUUUAUAUAUAUUCCUUUCUUAUUCCUUUGGCUUAUUCAUUUUUAAACUUAUAUCAAGAAAUUCAGGUCUCAUUUUUGGCAUUUAAUAGGUUGGAAUAUGAUAUUUUUCUGGACUUGAUAGUUGAACACAGUUUACAUGAAGCUUAAAGACACUUUUAUUAAAAUAAAACCAAAAUUAAGAUAUUUCAGCAGCAUCUUUUAAAAAAUUAGUAUUUUAUUGAACCAUGAGUGCCAUUGAACCAACUUUGAAUUGUGUAUUUUCUACAGGUGUUUUUCUCGACCAUGAAUAUGACAACCUGACUUUUAAACCACAAAAAGGUGAUUAUCCUCCUUUUACACACAAACACACAAAGCCUUUUUAAAGCUCCUCAACGGUUGUUUUUCUGAUUCGAGUGUCGAUGAAAUUCUCCAGAGGAUCGCAGAGAAAUAACAGGAAAGCAGAAACAUAACAAGGUUUGCUUCUCUCCUUUCCUCAGGCCUGCCUCCUCCCCCUUUGCCUCCUCGCCGCCUCAGAAAACCCCGACCGUCGUCUCUGCCGUUACCCCCUCUCCCUUCCUUGCAGUCUCCACUUGUUCCUCUUUCCCUCCCCCCUCCUGUCCCACCAAGAGGUGAGCUUUAUUUAUUUACUCUUUUACCCACAAGCGAGUCUUUCCAAGGAGUUAUUCCCUUCUUCAUAUCUUUGUCAUAAUUCACAGAAGACAAGCUGGAAGGAAAGAGCAGACUGACCGUCAACACGGACGUCAACGUCAACGUCGUCUCGCUCAGUGUAGGAAAACUGGUCGACCUCAGCCAAGGUAGACCUGCAUCCACGUACACCGAACAUCUGUGUGGUUGUUUCUCUUUGGACCUCAUCUCUUAAUCUCUUUGCAUAAACAGCCUCAGGCCUGGAGAGCUUUCAGAGCCCGGUGGUUUGUGGGAAAUGCAGUGCAGCCUUGUCGUGUCUGAGUUUCAUCCAGAGUAAGGUAAGCACCACUUCGUCAUGGUCCGACGAUUGAUUGAAAGACUCCUCCCCUUCUUCUCCUCUCGCUCAGGUGUGGGUUUGCGAGUUCUGCGGGCGUGAAAACAGCGUCAACGACAGCGUGGAGAGAGUGUGUGUCGGCCAGCUCGCAGGUGUGCACAGCGAUGACAUCUAUCUGCCCGAUCAGAGCGACGACCCCUACCAGAACCUGGAGGACACUCUGGUGGUCUUCUGUGUGGACAUUUCCGGCAGCAUGAGCGUCACUACAGAGGUGUGUGUCCGUCCAGAACGGUCAAGGUGUCGAGGCGUAUAAAAGGUCCAGGAUGGGAAUCAAACCAGCAACCACCGCAAGACUUUAUGUAGGGAACCCAGACCACUGGGCAAUGGGCACCCUUGUAGUGCUGAGAACAUGCCAGGUGGUCUCAGUCCUCUUAAGACUAGAGGACUUAAAGGUAGGGUAGGCAGAUCUGUAAGAUCCCCAAGCGUCCCCCAUCGUUUAUGUUGACCCGGCUUUUUAGCUCUUGUCCGGUCUACCUCCGUUUUAAGCGCCCGUUAUUCCUCCAGAGUCUCCGGUAUUUACUUUGUUCUCUUGCUUGUGUCGGCAGUCGUGGCCAAAGGAGGAUUCAGACAAUUCUCCGAACUUUCUGGUUGGUUUCUACUGUCCGAUAUUGUAGCACGCUAACUUUGUUUGGGCACCUGAACGACACGGGGGAGCAGCGUCUGCCUCACAACCAAUCAGGUCGGGGGAGGCGGAGAAUGGUUUUGUUUACAGUCAGAAAGAGCUGAGCGCUCCAAACCUGCAUUUGUAGCUGCAGUGAGUCCACAGUGGUUUUUGGGAGUUGGUUUGAGUCUGUGCGGUGUUUCCACUCCAAAGUUGUGUCUGUUUUUAGUGGUAUUACCUAAGGAUGUUAAAAUCCUGUCAGCCUUGUCUCUUUUUUGAUUGAGCUUUCUCCAUAUUAUUUAAAAAUUUAAUGAUAUUAUUGAUGAGAAUUUUUUUCAACUUUACACCAAUAAACAUUAUUCUGAAAUCGUCAAACUCUUUACCCACACAGUCUCUCACAAAGAGGGGAACUUCUCCCUAUCUGUACUUCUGAAAGACUCAGCCUCUCUUCGUUGCCUUUUUUAUCCAGUUGUUUCACAAACUUGAUGCAAAUUUUUGUAAAAUGUUCCAGUUAUUUUUGCCAUUCCAAAAAUUUUUUGAUUUUUUUUUGUCCCUUUUCCAAAUUUUUACUUUUACUGUAUUUGAAAUAAGCAUAUAGCUUGUAUGAAACAAAAACAUUUUUCAGUACUAACAUUUGAUAUGAUGUUUUGGCACAAUUUUCAAGUUGAAAGAGUUUUUAAUAUUUUCGUUCUCUUAGUUUUGGACGUUUUGUAUCUAAAAUCAGCUCCUAAAAACUCUCCUAUCUGAAGACACUCUAUGUUUUUUUUCCCACUAUUUUUCUUUUUCAGGUCGCAGCAAGCGAUGGAUCACAAACGCACAUUUCAAGACUACAGGUAAAAUGUUUUAUUUUUUUGUUUCCCUUUUCCUAAAGCGCUGACAACUGCAGGAUUAACUCCUUUAUCACAUGGAUAAUCAAUAAAAAUUCACUGUAUAUGUUACUGUUUUUUUCCUGUAGGGUAUGCAAGAUGCCCUCCAGAGGGCGCUAACGUCUCUGCUGCAGGAGUCCCCGCACAGGAGAGUGGCCCUGGUCACAUUCAACGAUGAUGUAGGAGAAAUAAAUCACUUUCUGAGUUAAAUGCACUGAAAGAUUUUUUAUUUUUAAAAGGUUUUAUUUCAUGAUUUUAUUUGUUUGUAGUUAUUAGUCUCUGUUUUUCCUGAUGUAUAUAUUUACUGGAUUGAAUUUAUCUUAUUUAAUUUUUUUAAAUGAAAGUGCUGAAAACAUUAGUCAGUCAGAUUUUGUACAGGUGCGGUUAGUAAAACCAAAUUUACACUUUCAAUCCUUUUUUUAAAUUUUUUAGGUCAAAGUUCAGCUACUUUUACCUGUGAAAUACUUGACAUACUUCACAUAUUCAGGUCAACAGUAGGAACUUUUUGACAGACUGUCUGAGACGAAAUUCAGAGGUUUGAGUUGGAUUGUUUGAGUCGAGUUGAUGUUGAUCAGGGGAGAAUAAGAAAUCAGAUUUAACCUCUUGCAGCCGUUCCUUAAUUUAAGAAAAUAUACAAAAAUCAGUUGAUACAGAGAAAUCCUUCUUUGAAUCAUUUCUGUGAACUUUUUUUUCACAGGUUGUGAUUUACGGUGAUGGCACCGGUACUCCUCUCACUCUCAGGGAUUGGGCGUUGGUUGACUAUGACCAUAUAUGGCAGCAGAGUGUUGGUUACACCAUCCCGCACUGUAUCGCAGAGACCUACGACCAGCUGAUACAGAGAGUCCUGGAGUAAGUCACCACUGAGAGUGUUAUUAUCUUAUUAUUUUUGGGUGUGUCAGAGUAAAUCCUGAGUGUUAAAAGUUGGAUUUUUUGUCGUGUUUACAGCCUCAGAGAACACGGGGCCACCUGUCUCGGUCCUGCAGCUUUGGCAUCAGUGGCCUUAGCGUCGAGGUACCCUGGGUCAAAGGUGAGCAGAUGAUACACAAGGGUUAAAAAAAAACAGUCUUCAGUUUUGUAAAAUUUUCAAGAAUUAGAUAAAAAAAAAAUGUAAACCAAGAUUUCUGAAGGUUUCAACAAGUCAAAUUUUAGAAUUUUUUUAGGAGCAAAAUGAACAAAAUUUAAAAUCCAUUUUACAUCCAUACUGGCAAAAAAAGUACAAAAGACAUGAAGGGAAAUUCAAACAUUUUAAACUAACAUCAAAUCGAUCUUUAUUUGUAAGUAACAUCAAUACAUUUUUAAGACCUUUCAAAUUUGUAUUUAAGACAUUUUAAGAGAUUUUAAGAGAAUUUUAAACAUUUUUAGACUUUUCUAGACCCAUCAGAAACCCUGUAAUGCAGCUCUUUUACAUAAAUUUUUCAUGCAAGAAUGUAAAAAAACCCAAAUUAAUGAAAAAUUCCAAAUUUUCACAUUAGAGCAUCAAUACAUUAACAAAGUAAUAUCAAUACAUUUUUAAGACCUUUCAAAUUUGUAUUAAAGACAUUUUUAAGAGGUUUUAAGAGAAUUUUACAACUUUUCAAGACCCAGCAGAAACCCUGUAAUACAGCUCUUCUACUCUUUACAUUGAUUUUUCAUGCAAGAACAUAAAAAACCCAAAUUGAUGAAAAAUUCCAAAUUUUUACAUUAGAGCUUUUGCGCCUCUUAAUAAUGAAGACAAAACAUGUCAGAGUUAUCCCACCAUUACCAUAUAAAAUAUUUCAGUAACUUUAACUAACACUUAUAUUCUUGUAAUUUGAAAUUUUCUGUCAAUCUGAAAGACUGAAAAGUUUGACUGACUAGUAAGAGAAGUGACUAAGACACUCAUGCUUUUUGAAUUUUCUGCUCUGCAGGUGAUUUUGUGUACCGACGGCAGAGCCAACAUCGGGCUGGGUGAGAUAGAGCAGACCUCCUCUCUGUCCUCCUCCUCUCUUACCUCUUAUUUCUACAGGAAACUCGCUCUCCAGGCUGUUCAGAGUGGGUAAGACAUCAGACCGGAUUACCGGAGUAUCCUGGUCGAUUGUAAAUAGUUGAAACUUUCUUAGUUUCAGCAGAAUCAGCCAUGUCUGCUUAGAAGAAAAACAUCUACUGUCUUUUUUUCUUCUUUUCCCUCAGAGUCAUUAUAUCAGUCAUGACUUUUGAGGGAACGGAUUGUUGCUUGGCGGACAUCGGGAGACUCGCAGACACUACAGGAGGACGGGUGAGACACACACACACUUCACACAAUUCAAUGCACAUUAAAGUCAACAGGCCAGCGAGACCGUUAGAAGGUCAACCCUUGAUAGGUAAAGUUACAGGAAUGGUGCGUCUCAAGUUAAUAUCACAAGCCCCGCCCCCAACACAAGCCCCGAUUGGUCAGUGGAAGUGGAAUUGAUGAGUUUGAGGGUGUUCAAAAAGUUGAACGAUUGAAUUGCAGUGGUUUGGUAUAAGGAUUAAGUCCUUGUCAUCAGCGUACAAUAUAAUGCACACCAGAGGUGGGGGAAAGUCCCUACGUUGCAAGUCCAAGUCGAGUCUCAAGUCUUUGCUCUCAAGUCUCAAGUCAAGUCCAAGUCAACACAGACAAGUCCCAAGUCAAGUCCAAGUCCUGAACUUUUUGUUUCAAGUCCCAACCAAGUCCUAGGAAUUUUGCUCCGAGUCCCAACCAAGUCCUUACCGUUUCUUUCAAGUCAAAAACAAGUCAUAUCAAAGCCAUAAACCAUUUGUUAUAUGUGAAGAUUUACAUCAAUCAUGAGCAUUUUUCACUAUUUGCAUUUAUUAUUAAACAAGAGUUCUCAUAUGUUCAGUCCUCCCGGUGUUGUCGUUAAGAGGGAGGCUAGAGUUUGAGAUAGUGUUGCCAAGUUUCGUGAGAGAAAUAAGGAAACAGACCUCCAGAAACAAGACAAAAACAAGCAGACUUGGCAACACAACACGGUGUUACCAACGGCUGUAAUUCCUGACUGUUAGUUGAUGUGACACUUUUUAAACGGUUUGGGCUGUAAGGUAUUAAGUGACUUGAAAAGACUUGACUUGACUUUUCAAGUCACUGGGCUCAAGUCAAGUCAAAUCAAGUCCCAAGCGAGUCCAAGUCAUUUCUUGGUUCCAUCAAGCAAUUCAAAAACGGGACUCAAGUCCAAGUCGAGUCUCGAGUCGAGUCGUCAAGCCCCCACCUCUGACGCACACAAAAUGACAUUAAUGAGACUUUUCUGCAAACCUAUGUCGAACAGGUGAAUACGGUGAGCAUUGGCACAGUUGCUCGAGAGAUCAAGUUAGCCUCCAUGGAUAACAUCCUUGCAACAGGAGUCACGGCAACCCUGCUAGCUCCUGAUGGAGUGUGAGUUCUGCUCUAAAACGACUGCGAUAACAUGAACUUUUCCACUGUAUUAUGUGUAAAUUUGACAUACAUUCAUCUUAAAUAUGGAUUUGCAUGUAGACCUGAGUAAGAGCCCUUUUCUGUGCAGGUAUUUCCCAUAUGAGAAUGAAAAAAUUCACAAACUGGUGAAUGAAAUUGGGAAUGUCACCAAAGGACUGCAGAUUACCGUUCAGUUUGCCGUAAAACCAGAGUUUAUGGGAGGUAAAAUUAUCAUCCAAAUAAAGUAGAUUUCUUUUACUCAGAUUUCUGGGCAGCCUGCCGACAUUGUGUAGACAACUGUCAAAUGUUUAAAAUUAUCGUUAAUGUGUCUGACAGUUUUUCUCCAGAAGAACACACUUCCAUUUCAAGUCCAGCUGAGCUUCAAGACCAGAGACCAACAGAAAGUGAUGCGUGUCAUUACUGAACAACGUCCAGUUUCUACCUGCAGGUAAACACUUUCAAAAUUACACACAUUUGUAAUAUUUAUAAAAAUUUGAAAAGUUAUAAUUUUGAUAGUGAUCUGCUUUGUACUCUAUAUCUAGUCAAAGUGCAGUCUGGGCAGGAAGCCUCAACACUGCGGUUCUCGGUGUCCACUGCGCUCAACUCUGCGCCAGACUGACCAUGGAGGGUCGAGUACAGGAAGCGCAACAGCAGCUUAAAGCGCAGCAGGACUUGCUCGAUCAAAUCAGGUACGAGUCCCUCAAACCCUGGUUUCUUUUUGGCCUUCUUUGGUCCUUUUGAAACAGUGCAUGAUGACUUUAACAUACAGAACAGGAGAAUAAAACGGAAGAUUUAUACGUUUUAAAAGUUCACACAUAUGCAGAUAUAGGAACUGCUUCACACAUAUUUCUGUUUACAUGACAUUGUGGGGACUGACAUAUUUUUGCUCAUGUAUGGGGACUCUUUUAGCAUCCAUGUGCAACAACCUGUUAGACUACUUAUUCUUGUAUUUUCUUUUUAUCUUCAUGUUAAAAUUUGACUUUUUUUAUUUGACUGAGUUUUGGAACAAAUGUAACUUGACGGUACACUAAAAGUUCCUUUUUUUGUCUCAUAGUAAGCAGAGGACAACCCCACAGGUAGAGAAUAUCUAUGGCAACUGGAUGGACACCAUGACAACAGUCUUCGACGGCAUCUCAACAGAAUCUCAGGUUUUGUCCAACCAAUUUAAGGACAUUUCUAAUCAAUUGAAUAUGAGACAUAAGGAAUUAGUCAGUCCCUGAAUUAAAUAUUGUCUUAUUGAUUAUAUUAAUUCUCUAAACCCUCCAGACGCUCUCUGAUGAAGCAGCUAAGGUGAUGUACCAGAUGAAGAGAGCCAGCAGUGUUAACAACAACAACAACAGCAAUACACUUGAGACUCAGAAGAAGACUUUAAAGAAGAAGAAGAAGAAAUUCCUCAUGAAAGCACUGUAAAGAAACAACAGAUCCACUCAGGAUAUACAGACUUGACAUCACACUGACUUCUUUAAGCUGACCAGAAAAGCUCAAAGUCCUUUAACAUUUCCAUCCCCUGAAUCCUCUAAUGUGGUUACCUCAGCCUGAACACGCCACGUACACGACAUAGACUGUUGACACAAAGACAGAUGAGACCAGCUCAGGUAUAGCACGUCUUCAUUUUGCGUUUUGACAUCUCCUACGUGCCUCUGUGACAGCUAAGGAAUCUCUAAGGUUACAAGUUUAGUGGAACACUGCAUCCCAGCUGUCAGCUUUAAGUACUGACAAAAAUGUCAGUCAUGACACACAAACCUAAUUCUGAAACUGUCUAGAAUCUAGAUACACGUGUGAUCGAUUUUUUUCUUAUCUAUAUCAGUAUUCAGUUUUAAAUAAGACUUUUAGCCGCUAUUAUUGCACAUAAUGGCACUGUAGCAUUUUCAAAACAAUCAAAUAUAUCAGUUUUGAAUGUU